AUGGUUGUACGCUGGGGUGGUGAUAUCGGUGUUGACAGGAUGGUGGGCAAGGGUCCAGAGCGCCCCGAGCCUCCUGCGAGCGCUACUGGGAGGGGGUGGUUGCAUUAUUGCAGCGCAGCCCAUCCGGAGAGCGGUGCAGGACGGUAUGCAGACAGCUACGGCGGGCGCUUCUUCUACGGCUGGGAGAGGUUGGGGGAGGACGAAGAAGGCUGGCUGCGUGUGAGCCUGAGGAGUGCUAACUUACAAGCAAAAACGAACAUUGGAAAGGCUGCUCAAGAAGAGAGGGAGCUUCUUCUGGGAGGUGGAGAAGAGUCCACUAUCCGGAGCCGUAAUCUCCAGACAAAGGCUGGGAUGACAUCCGCUGCAGAAAGUAUUACUGAGAGCCUCCGUAGGUCUCGGCAGUUGAUGGUUCAGGAAGUGGAAAGAAGUGCUAAUACCUUGUCAACUUUUGAUGAAUCGACAAGUGUUCUCCGAAAGGCUGAAGGUGAAUAUCAAGGACACCGCUCUUUGCUGAUGUGCACCCGUGGUUUGCUCUCCACGAUGCAACGACAAGAUGUUCUUGAUAGGAUCAUCCUGACUAUUGGGUUCCUCAUAUUCUCCUUGGCGGUUCUGUUUGUUGUCUCGAGGCGUAUUGGCCUGUUGACACUGCAAAGGAAGUUGGCUGAUGCAAUCAGAUCGGGCUCAGUAUCAGCUGGAGACAUAUUGGGUAAAGUGCCCCAAGAUGGAGCUGCCCCAACAAAUGCUCCUCCCGUCUAUGAUGAACUGUGAUUUACUUCCAUCUAUUGUUUGUUGUACAUGAGCUUACAACCAGAAGCAAGCUUAGCUUUCAGAGUUGUUAUUUCUGGGUACAUGUUGUCAAAAGUUUUGAGUCUUGAACUCUUGAUAGAUAGAUAGUAUAACCAUUUCUGACUCCAGAUGUGAUAUAUGCAUAUCCCUUUCUUUUGUACUCCCCUCCGUAAAUAAAUAUAAGAGCGUUUAGAUAACUAAACAGAGGGAGUAUUAUUCUGAAGUAUAUCUAUUUCUGAGUUCUGACUGCAUACUACAUAGUUUGAGAAACAAUCUUAUAUUAUGGGACGGAGGGAGUAGCAUUUAUCUUCUGCAAAUUCUUUCAUUCAUAUUUUAAAAUAGUGCUUUCUUCUCCACCAGUCUAUUAUAUACUUAGGUUCUGUAUCAAUCCACUUCUUUUCAUUAUCAAACACAGGGUUCCUUUUGUUUUCUACUUGGAUUCUGAUGUGAACUUGUAAGCAUUUUUUAGCUAUUUCCAGUCUGUGCCAAUCUGUUCUGAAUGAAGAUUCAACGGUUCCCUGCUUUAGUUUGAGAGAUGGGUCGGCGUAUUGUGAGACAAACCAUUCAUAAUCGAAGUAUUUCUAGACCCUUGUGCUUUAGAAUUAUAUCACCAGUGUGUCACGGGAGGAAAAUGAAAGGAAGUCAAAUUCAGAUUGUGUUUCAUACCAAGAAAGAAAAGAGAAGGGUCAGGAGAAAAGCUUAAGUGGCUAUACAUGAGUGUAGCUUUCUCCAGAUAUUUGCUUCAUGCGUGACAAGUGGUGAGCGAGCUAGCUAUUGGCGAACGAUUGGUAGACAAUGAAGUUCACAUGGUUAUACAGAUGCUGAGAUGCAUGACUCGAACCACGCCUACCGUAUAUAGUGGAUUGCAAAUUCUGUCCGGGUCGUAUUCAUCUUCUGGUCCAUCAAUUUUGAUUCGACUGAUUGGUUGGCUGCUCCUCCACCAUGUACAGGGGCUGGUCCAACGCAUGGAUAAGCACAAGCGCAAUGAUACCCCGAUUCUCCACUCAUUUCCUGAACAAUUUGUGCACACUUUUCUAAAACUCAUGAA